CUGAAUUUAGAUUUUUAGACUUUUUUUUUGUUCAUAACUGCAUAGGUUUUAUGCCAAAAUGUGUAAAAUAAAAGGAAGGUGGUAUCAGUAUUUAUUGCCAGGAUGAGAAAGGAAAAACUCUACUGAAAUAAUUUAAUUAAAAAACAAACUUUAUGUUUCAUCAGGUUAUCAUUGCCUUUUGUUGAAACUGAUGGUGAAUUCCAAAAAUAUUUGUAAGGCGCUAUGCAAAGAAUUGAUGAGGAAGAUAAAGGAAAAAUGUUAUGUUUCACUUGUCUUGGUAUUGUUAGAUAUUACACGGGGCUAAGGAGACACCAAAAAUACGAAUGCGGAAUGGAGCGCCAGUUUCAAUGUCCUCACUGCCCUUACAAGGCAAGACAAAAAAUUCACCUGAAGAAUCACAUAGGUCUAAAACAUCUCAAUCUCUGCAGUGAAGAAAAAUUAUGAAUGUGUUGAUCAGUCUAUAAUGGAUUUCAAAACAACUGAAAAAUGUGACUUGCAUAUGCUUUUUAUAAUUAUCAUGUCUGCUAAUUAAUCCUGUAACCUCUGCUCCAUUGAAGUUUGGUUUUAACUUGGGAACAAUUUUCUUUUUUUAUCUGUUUUGUAUUAUUUGAUAGAUUGAGUUGAAAAGUUGUAAUGCAAUAUACUAAAUUUAUAAUAAAUAAAUAGUUAUCUUCUGGCAUGUAUAUAGAAAGUAAUAAAAAUGUUUAUUAGG